GUCCACGCCAGACAAUAAAAGCAAGAGAUAGCUGACAGACGGCAGCUCGGGCUCAACAUCAGCAUCCUUACGGUGGUGGGCAAACCGAGAAAUGACUGCGAAUUAAUUGUCAACAGCCCAGUAACCCGCCCGGGAGAAAUAUGGAUGUAUGGCCGCCGAAUUUGGAAUAGAGAUGUAGCGUUCAAGGAUGUCACCCAUCUACGUCUCUCGUUUGUUACUCUUUAUUUUUAUCUCCGCGGUCUGGGAGGCGCAAGCCAAAUCUCUUCCAGAUCAAGGAGCACUUGAGGUCCAGAUCAGAGUUCAGGUGUUCGACAACAGUGACCUCUCACCUUUGGCCGGCGCCGCCAUAGAGGUUCAUGGGAACCGGUCUGUGUUAGCGUCCAGCCAGGCGGGCAGUGAUGGCGUGCUUAGGGUGACCUUCCUGUACCAUCCGGGGACCUGGGUCAUCAUAUCAGCGUCCAAACACGACUAUGUCACCAACUCCGUCCCCUGGCACGCUAGCCGCAUCCCUCUGUAUGCAUCGGUCAGCUUGUACCUCCUAGUCCAGAGGCCAGGCACCCUCAUUCUCUAUGAUGAUGUCAUCCAGGUGCUGCAUGGAUCCCCAGGUGCACGGAACCAGCCAUUGGUUCAGCUCCAGAGAAAGUCCCUUCAGCUGCCAGCUGAUUCCAACUACACAGCACUGUCGGCUGUGCUGACUACUGCCAGAAGCCAGUAUGAGAUCGGGGGCUUCCCUUACCUCCUGGGCCUGGAAACCAACAGCACAGGGGCAGAGACAGGAUGGACAGACUUAACAGCACUGGCAGUGGUCAGCGUUCAGCUCUUUGACCACGAUGGGACCGUCAUCCAGGUGUCUGACCCGGUUCACGUCUCCGUACCGCUGCCCUCGGAUACUCGCACCAGGAUCGCCACCAGCAUUCCCGCCUGGCUGUACCAGCCCAAGACGGGUCUGUGGGUCAGGAAUGGAACUGGCUACAUUAAAAAAGAGGGCACACAACUAAUCUGGAAUGUGGUCGUUCCUCAGUUGGGGUAUUGGGUCGCAGCCUUCCCUUCAUCUGCAGGCGUGGGUCUGGGGGGUCACUCGGGCCUGAGGGACAUCACCACCUACCACACCUUGUUCCUGCUCUCCAUCCUGGGCUCGCUGGCUCUGCUGGUGCUCAUCCUGCUCUGUGUGCUGCUCUACUACUGCAGACGGAAGUGUCUAAAACCACGGCGACAACAGGGCAAGCCACACAUGGCUCUGAACAGCUCCAAGCGCGACCAGGGCACAUCCACUUCCCGCCUCAACCUCAUCUGUGGUGGCCAUGUUGAAUCCGGUCCAUCCAAUGACGCCAGCAAAUCUGACCCUUCCCCCUCACGAGACUACCAGAGCUCGCGGGAGGAGUUCGCCAAGCACGUCCCCGCGCACAAGCUGCGGCAUUCGAAGGCGAAAGGAGCCUCGGGACCUCAGAGGGGCGAGAGCUUCCCUAUGAAGGUGACCCGCGCCACAGACACAAACAAUCUCGACAACCCCCUGCUACUGCAAGAAGACUACUCACGGAACUACAGCCCCAUCAUGGAGGACGACAAGGACUCGGACUACCACAUACGCUGCCACACCGCCAACGACAAUCGCGGCUACACCUCGGAUGGGGGCUCCCCUCCUCGUUUCCUGUCGGACAAGUCAGACAAGCCUCCCGAGUACUCUGCGGCCGCCGCCGACCACCUAGCCCGCCCGACGUCGCUCAACACGCAACCGGGCCAGAUCAUCUUCUGCCACUCCAUGGACCAGAUGAAGGAAAACAUGUACCGAAGCAUGGUUCCCACCUUGGUCAUACCGGCCCACUACAUGCGUAUGUCCUCAGACUUCUCCGGGAAGGAGCAGCAGCAGGAUAAGGAAGGGGGGAUGCAGAUAGGUGCUGGUCAGUCACACCAUCCCCAGCAACAGAGCCAGCAGCACCAGCAGCAGGGCGGCUCCCAAGGGGAUGACUCGGAGGGUCAAAACUGGAACUCGGACCCAUCCCAGGGCCCUGUGCGGAUCCCUGUGCUCUUUAACGACUCCACCAUGGCACAGAUGAAUGGCGAGCUGCAGGGGCUGACUGAGAAGAAGCUCCUGGAGCUGGGCAUUAAGCAGCACCCACGCGCCUGGUUCAUCUCAAUGGACGGCCGCGCCAACCACGUGCGCCAUUCUUAUAUCGACGUGAGCAACGACCUCAGCAGCGGCGGAAUUGGCGGGGGAGGCGGUGGCCCCAGCUGCAGCACAAUCCGAGAAGCCAACCUCGAAGGACCCAUGGAUAGCACCCAAGACCGCAAGGCUGCGGCAAUCCGUAAGGGUAAGGAUGAACGGUGGGGAACUGGUGGACGGAAGGGUGGUGGCAGUAAGGGCAUGUCCAAGCUGGCAUACCAGGAGCACAGCGAGCCCAGCAGCAGCGAGGGCCGCCCGGUGUCGCCCGAGGAGAACUCCCUUACCCCACUACUGGACGACGGGCCCUCGUCGCGGGGCUCCACCAUCCCCCGGAGGGGCCGCAGCCGCAUGAACAGCGCGCGCAGCAGCAACAGCGAGAACCGUCGCGACUCCAUGACUAGCCCAGAGGACGACCCGGACAGCAAGGACGAGAACAAGAAGAGCCCGUGGCAGAAGAUCGAAGACCGGCCUCUCAUGGUGUUUCCCCCUAAAAAGUUGUAGGCUAACAUCUCAGGCCCCACUCAUAUGGAACAUAAGAGUUGGUCCAGUAGUCAGGGCAAUUAUACAGACAUUUUGAGACACCUAAAGAAACAAUAAAAGGAAGGUGGAGGAGUAGCAUUUGACCGAAAGAAGAUCCUAGAAAAGCACAAGCCUGCUUGUUAAUCCGUGAAAUGGUACUAUUUUAAUGACAGCCUCUUUCUAUGGUUUUUGUGGUUCACAUUUUUUCGAUCACACUCCUAAUUCCCAUCGUUCUUCUCCUUGUCUUUUCAAAUCCAUUUUUGAGAUCCCUCUCAGUAAAUUCAACUCUGAGCCACUGACUUUGGAAAUAACCAUCUUAACGAAGAAAACACAAUGGUUAUAUUUGGAGAGAACUAACCAACAGUAUCUUGUUGCGACUGAAAUAAUUUGCCCAGUGUUGUGAAUGGACUUCUACAUGAGAAAGACAAGUUACUUCAAGGACAGGACUACCCUCUUCUCUCCUGGACUUGUGUACUACACAUUUAUGAAGGCCAGGGUCAAUUCCAUUUCAGUUCAGUCAAUUCAGGAAGCAAACCGAAAUGUGUAAUUUACUUUUGCACCCUGAAUUGGCUGAAUUAAAAUGGAAUUGACCAAAACCCUGAUAUAGGCCCACCUUGAGUUUUAGUGGUUGUAAUUCUGUCACUUUGGUCAGCCUGCUUCCUGGACCAUAAGGAGAUACUGUAUUCUGUGAAGACAUUAGCACACAUUAUCCAAAAGCAUAAAUGUGUGGAGAUUAUGUGGUUUCUUUCUUUAUGGUUUUCUAUUUGGAGGAUUUUUAUGGAAUGAUAGUUAGUGUAAAAUAUCUGUUGAUCUCCAUUUGUCGUGUGUACAAUUAUGUACUUUUAAUGUGAAAUGUGCAUUACUCCUUCAGGGAAAUGUAUUUGCAAUUCUUUGUUGUAAUGAUUUAUUAUAAUACUGUAAGCCACUUAUCUGAGGUGGGAUCUCCUACAAUUUUGCACAGAUUUGUCGUCCUGUUACAUACCACCGGCCAUUUUAUAUUCCACGGGUUUUAUUUAGAAUUUUUUCUGUUUUUGUGUUUGGAAUACCACAGUUGCUAUGGGAGAUCAUGCUGUCUCAAUGCAUAUGAUGUAAGCAUUUGUAGGCCAAUUUCGAAACUGUAGAAUAACUGCAUUACCUACAAUGCUCUACUCAACCAUCGACAAACUUCUCCGUCCAUUGGACAACCCCUCUCUUACAAUCACCACCGACCUCUGUGACAGUUUUCUGGCCUUCAGGCUAUCUACCAACAGUUGCAGCAGUCUCACCCUUCAUCUGCCCCCCACCCCCCGCCAGGACUACCUGACUCACAACCUGUGAACAGACUUAAUGUCCUCCCUUGUCAAUGAAACCACCAUUACUGAACUCUUGUCUAAAUCCAAAACCAAAGCUCUCUUGACCCAAUGCCCACUGCCUUAGUUAAGGCACGCCUCACUGUUCUCUGCCCCUGGUUGUCAAGAUUGUAAAUGCAUCCCUUACAUCUGGCAUUGCUCCUACUCCUUUGAAAAUGGUGUCUACAACUCCCAUACUGAAGAAACAGGGCCUGGAUCCUGACAUCCUCACCAACUACAGGCCUAUCUCAAACCUACCCUUCCUCGCCAAACUGCUUGAGUGGGUGGUAGCAUCACCAAUCCAACAACACAUGGCCUCUCAUGAACUUUUCAAACCCCUCCAGUCGGGCUUCUGGACUAUGCAUAGCACUGAAACUUCCUUGAUAAAGGUAGUGAACGAUCUCACCUGUGCUGCUGAUGCUGGGACCAUCUCCAUCCUCAUCCUCCUGGACCUGUUUGCAGCAUUUGACACGGUCUGUCAUCAGAUUUUAACUGACCGCAACGCCCCUUGCCUGGUUCCACUCUUAUCUAAUAGACAACAGUUUGUCUCCCUUGGCAACUGGAGGUCUGCCCCAGCCCCUGUAUCACAAGGUGUCCCACAAGUCUCAGUGUUCAGUGUUUGGUCCAUUACUGUUAUGCAGACGACACACAAAUGCCAUCCACACAAAAUCCAACUCCGCUAUGCCACCCCCCUCUGUGGUUGACUGUCUGAAAACUUGGAUGAGCAAUAACUUUUAAAAACUAAACGACGACAAAACAGAGAUCACGCUGAUGGGCCCCAACUCCGUCGUCAAGAAACUGGGUCAAUUCAACAUGACAAUCAACGGCUGCACCAUCCACUCCAACUCCACAGGCAGGAUACACGGUGUUACAUUUGAACCCCGCAUCCUUAACAUCACCAAGUCAGCCUUUUUCCACCUCAGAAACAUCUCAUGACUCAGACCCUCUCUCACUGACACCACAACCCUCAUCCAUGCCUUUGUUUUAUCAUGCCUGGCCUACUGCAACGCCAUUCUCUACGGACUCACCAACAAAACACUGGGCAAACUUCGAAAUUCAGCUGCACGGGUACUCACACACACCAGACCUUGGGACCAUAUCACCCCCACCCUCAUCAACCUCCACUGGCUCCCAGUUCAAUACAGGAUCAUAUUGCUCAUGGUCACCUACAAAGCACUCAAUGGACUGGCGCCCACAUACGUUACUGACCUCCUGCACCCCUACACUCCCACCUGUUCACAGCGCUCCUCUGAUACUGGCCUCCUCACCAUACCAGGCUCCGCUCCAUGGGAGACUGGGCUUUUAGCUGUGCAGCUUCUCAAGUCUGGAACUCCCUCCCUCUCCAUGUCAGAACCGGACAAGCCAUACACAUAUUCAAGUCCACACUAAAUACACACCUCUUCACACAGGCUUACCCAGAUUAUCUGCUGCUUUAGCUUUUAACCUCUGUCUAGUUCACUUCCCUGGUUAAUCUGUCAUCGUGUUUAGUGUUCUCCAUGGUUAGUCUGUCUUUACGUUUAGUGUACUUUUAUAUACUUAAUUCUUUUAUGAUGUGAUAUUAAUGCUUUUUAUCCUGCUGAUUCUCGUGUGUAUGUAAAGUGACUUUGGGUGUUGUGAAAAGUGCUUAAAAUAACAUUUAUUUUUAUUAUUAUUAUUAUAAUGCUCAUUGACUGAACAUUCCAAAUUACUGUGGCAAUUAUGCAUCACAAUGCUACCAUGGCAAUUAUGCGUCACAAUAUGAAUUAUAUUUCUAUUGUGUAGGGCAUUCCAGUAACUUUUGCAACCAAAUCAUUGUAUUGCACCCAGUUGCAUAGAGACUUUUGGUCACACAAGCUGACACCUGUGGAUACAAAAUUUAGUAUCUUAAUUAUUUUACAUACCCCCCCCCCAAAAAAAAAGAGGAGAGGGGAAUUCCACAUUCACAUAUAUUUUCUAGUUUUUAUUUAGACAGAUUCAAUUACAAGGGGAUACAGAGGUAACAAGGGGAAAAGCUGGAAGGGUCAACUCGGGGAUUAAACCCGGGUCUCUGACGGGGAGUCGCAUAUAAUGUGUCACACGAAGAGUGACAUUUUUUCGUGCGCAAUUGGCAACAUUUUAAAUAAACGGGAAGUUGCAAUAGCUUAUUAGCAGCAUGAAUUUCUGCUUUGUAGGUGGGGUUAUUGAGUGAACAAUUCUGUGAUGGUUGCAGUCCACAAAGAUAAAAUUGCAUUGAAUCAAAUCUAUUGAUUUACCGCCUGUAGGGCGGGGGUGCAACUAGUGUAUUGUAUAUAGCUAUCAAAGAUGACGAUAACAAUUUCAAAUGUCGGUCAUGAUGCACAAUCUUUCCUUUACUUCCAGGGUCUUCAUUCGUUUGUGUAGUAGUGAUAAACUUUGCCAAAAUCUGAGACAUUUCUGCUUUUCUCCUGUGCCAUUUGGUUAUUUGCUUGCUGUAAAUAAUAUUUAGCUUUGAGAGACCUUUUGGUUGAAGGUUGCAUGUAUGAAAUAAGCAGAAGGCACCAAAAAAAAGGCCAUGCAAAUCUAUACCACUUUUCUCCUGUAAGUGCCUUUUACAUAGGGUUAAGUGACUGGCAUGGAGGGCCUUUUCAAAAUGCAGUCCAAGAAGGUUUACAUCACCUAAGCUAGUCUUGUCAAAUGGACAGACACAAAAAUGGAAGCACACUGCAUUUAGUUAAGAACACACAUAUCUUCCUCGGGGGAGAGCAUGCAUGCCAAAAUUGAUCAAUGACUCAUUUUGUGUUCAAUAUGUCCUUGUGUUCAUAGUUUCUUGUGUAUAUCCUUUCUCACCAAACGUGUAGACUAAGUGAUUGCUAUUUAUUGUACAAGUUUGAUAAGUGACAAAUUCCCGAGAACUAUAUAAGAUUGUGUGUGUAUAUGUACUGUAUGUGCAUGUAAUAUGUAGAGUAGAGUGUUUUUAAUGGAACGUUUUUUGAUAAUAUCCAGAAUGUUGCUGGCACACAUGAAGUAUAUCAAAUUCUGUUGCCAAAUGUACACACAUUUUAGAUGAAUUUCGCUCUACUCUUAAAAUUCACUUCCGGUCUUAAAUGUUUACAAGUACAACAUACUGGCCAAUAUGCUCUCACUGUAGAUUGCAUCACAAUUGCCUAUGACACUUAACAACUGUGAGUCAUAUUUCUUACAGAUGUAAAUGAAGAAAUGCAUAGCUAAAGUACAAUACAGUCACAAAGAGUUGGUGCGGUAGAUCUAUAAAUGGAUAUAAUAUCAUUGAGAGAUUGUAAAAAUAGACAAAGUUAUUAAAAAUAAAAAUGCGACAAUGCGAGGGUAAAACAACAUUAUUUUGUUGCAGUACAUUUUUUUUCUCUCUCUGUUAUAAAUGGGGAGGAAUUUGUUCCGUUUAUAUUGACAGUAGACUUUUAUGAAUUUCUUGUUUUUGCUAUUUUCAAAGUUGUUCUGAAUAAUGUUGACUUAAAUGUAUAGUAUGGCUACCCUGACUCUGGAUGAAAAAUUGUAUAGCUCUAUUCUAAUGGAUUCCCAGGUCUAUUCUUGCCAAAUUAUGUAAUUUUUUCGUACAAGCUGUCAGUAACUUUUUCCAAUGCAGUAAGACAAUGUGAUGUCGUGUUUGGUUGGUUACAAGAGGCAAAAGAAAUGUUCAGAAUCUCCCUACCUACUACUAGGCCGGAUAUGACAGCAUCUUGAUUUUAGUGCAAUUGUGGAUUUGUUUAGUUUGAUCCCAGACCUUGAAUUGAGCAAAAUUACAAAAAUAGAUUCGUUCAAAAUGUAGACCUCAUUCAAGUAUUUUUAAGUUGUGAUAUCACAAUAUUACAAAAUCAAAAAACAAACGUACCUGUACACAAGUCUGAAUAAUGUCCUGCAAAUCUUACUUGUGGUUGUGAAUCAAUAGAUGUCUGUUGGGGUCACCUAAUUUCCAUCCAAUACCCUGAUUGCACAAAAACACAUUAUUGUCACUCUUGUGUAUAAAGAGCAGCUGUAUAUUAAAAACAUCUUUGGGAGUGGAAGAGGACACAACACUUUGUACAUUAUUCUGUGUGAAAAAAAAACUGUCAGUUGUUUGUAAACUGUAAAUCGAUUCUGUACAUGAGAUAAGAUAGAAAUAAACUUGUUUGCACUGUCGAACAAUUA